AUGCCGGGCCCGUUCUACGCCCGCUACGUGCCCCCGAAAGCGUCGACCGCCUCCUCGCCGGUCGCGACCCAAAAAGCAUCCCCACCCCCACCAUCGUCAUCGGAUCCCGCACCCGCACCCGCCGUGGAAAAGCGAGAAAAACGUUCGAACAAGCGGAAGAGGGCCGACGCCCCCAAUGCUGCCGGCAACCCGGACGAUGCUGCUCUCAAAAAGCAUAGAUCGGUGCUCUCCAAAUUUGCGAAGUCUACCAAGAUCGCCGAAAGGUUGAAGGCCAGAGAGCAGCCGGAUGAGGAAAGCGAGCUUCCUGAGGAGCCAGAGCUGCAUGGCAAGUCGGACAAUCUGCAAGCUAUUCUCAUACCUGAAUCCAUCCCCGACGCACCGUACGAACCCAAGUUCUCGUCACUACCGUCCUGGCUCACUGAGCCCGUCGCUGCCCCGGCAAACGCGACAAAGCCUUUCGACGAGCUUAACAUAGACCCAAGAUUGGUCCGUCACCUCAAGAGCAAGGGCUACAAUGAGGCCUUCGCAGUCCAGUCUUCGGUACUGCCUCUGCUACUUCCAGGUGCGCCAGCCAGUAUAGCAGAUGUAUGCGUAUCGGCUGCUACUGGUUCCGGAAAAACUUUGGCAUACCUGUUGCCUAUGAUCGAAAGUAUCCGGCAUAGAGUAGUCACCAAGUUACGCGGAAUCGUCAUCGUGCCCACGCGCGAACUGGUAACUCAGGUCCGCGAGGCCGCCGAGCUUUGUGCUGCCGGCAGUGGUUUGAAAAUCGGGACGGCAAUGGGCAACCAUGCCUUUUCUGCUGAACAGAGUAUGCUUAUCAAAAAAGGAAAGAAAUAUGAUCCCGAUGCAUGGAGAAGGCUGUACGCGAAGGCUGAGGAUUGGCUGCUGAAUGGCUGGAGCAAAGACAGUGAUCAUGCCGAGGACGUCCUGGACCUACUGCCCGGCCAUGUCCCACAAUACGAAUCGAAAGUCGACAUUCUAAUUUGCACUCCUGGUCGGCUCGUUGAGCACGUGCAAAACACGAAAGGCUUCUAUUUGGACGACGUGGACUGGCUAGUAAUCGAUGAGGCUGAUCGAUUGCUCGAUCAAAGCUUCCAAGGAUGGGCUGAGACAGUGAUGAAGGCCCUUGAGAAAGAGAAGCCUCUUGAAGAGAUGAGUGCCCAGGAGAGAAUCCUGUCGAGCAUGUGGUAUGCUCCACGGAAAAGACAUGUCAAGAAGGUGAUCCUAUCGGCUACCAUGACACGAGAUUUGAGCAAACUCAGUGUUCUAAAGCUACGGAGACCGACUCUCGUGGUUGCUGAAGGAUCCGAAGGCCCAGAUGGAUAUGUAGCUCAAGGAGAGGUAUAUGAUAUGCCACCGACGUUGGAUGAAUGCACGAUCCCAGUCGGAGACGGCAGUCAAAAGCCCCUGUUCCUUCUGCAUCUGCUACAAAAUCGGAUACUUUGGGAUUUUGAGGCGUCCGAGGGACAGAACCGCGAGCACAUGGGUGACCGAGCGCAAUCCGAGAGCUCUGAUUCAUCUUCGGAUACCGAUUCAUCAUCCGGAUCUUCAGAUGAUUCUUCGUCUAUUAUCUCGUCAACACCGGAAGAUUUGGACUCGGACGGUUCCGAGUCGGAGGCAGAUCCGUCAUCAGACUCGGAGUCGUCGGAAUCUUCGGAGUCCGAUGCUUCUACAUCGAGCAUCGCCGGUCAAGGAGAAGUAGCAACGCCCGCCAGAGAGGUCAGCAACAGUACAGCAGAAGCGGUUUCCAACGUCUUGAUCUUUACGCACAACAACGAAAACGCGAACCGUCUUUCGCGUCUUCUCUCCCUUCUGUGUCCCUCAUACAAGGGUGUCAUCGGGACACUUACCAAAUCAUCAACAACGGCCGCUUCCCGAAAGGUUUUGCAUGCUUUCCGCGCAAGCAAGCUACGCAUCCUAAUUGCAUCGGACCGUGCGUCCCGAGGUCUCGAUCUGCCCAACCUUGCACACAUUGUCAAUUAUGACAUUCCCACCAGCGUCACAAGCUAUGUGCAUAGGGCGGGCCGGACAGCCAGAGCGGGUGCCUACGGCGUGGCUUGGACGUUUUUGACAAAGUCGGAGGCUGGCUGGUUCUGGAAUGUUGUGGCCAGAGGAGACGGCAUCAGAAGAGGAGGGAAAAAGGUGAACAGGAUGAAACUUGAAGAUGCAGUGACUCAUGAGACGAGGGAGAUGUACGAGCGCGCUUUGGAGACGUUGAAAGGGGAGGUGCGUGGCGGAGAUGCGAACUGA